AUGGCGACACUACAACCAAAAUACAAUUUUGGACUUCUACAGACACCAAUGUCAAAUCCCUCUGGAUAUGAAUCAGAAACAAGUACUGAGAUUUUUCAUAGAAACCCAAGACAAAAUGUGAAGGGUGCAAGAUGUGAAUCAAGUAGAUACACUACCGCAUCUGGAUUUACAUCUAGUACAAGUGUUUCUGGAGUGAAAAAGAGAGGCAAAGGUUUAGGAUAUACAACUCCUGGAUCAACCAGUGCUCCGAGGACUCCAGGUUCACGCCGAACACCAGCCAGCCUCAACUAUAGCACAACUACUCCUAGAGAUUCUGCAUCUUCCGUGAUUGUUGCAAUUGUGGAAGGCAGAGGAUUAGCCAAAGGAGAGAUAGGAUUGGCUAGCCUGGAUCUUAAAUGCCCGUUUUUAACUCUUUCUCAAUUCUCAGACACCCAAACCUAUGUUAAAACUGUUACCAAGCUUCAAAUCCUUCAACCAAUUGAGAUUAUAGUACCUAAUACAGCUUGUGAAAAUGGAACUAUGACAAAGCUGUUAAAAUUGCUCAAUGACCAAUUCCAAAACACAAGCAUAUCAACAGUCCAAAGGAAAUACUUCAAUGAAACAAGAGGAUUGCAGUAUGUGAAGCAAUUAUGUGUGCCAGAGUUCAAUACAGUGGAGAUGGAAGUUAGAGUGAAGUACUACGUUCUGGCAGCAGUGGCAUCUCUCAUGAAAUACGUAGAAUUUAUACAGAAUAUCAUGUACGCUCCUGGUUCAUUGAAGAUCGUCUUUCAGGGAAGUGAAAACACAACAAUGAUUGAUGCAUCUACAGCAAAGAAUUUAGAACUGCUUCAGAAUCUGAGAGACCCUACCAGUGACAUCACACUAUACGGUAUACUGAACUACACUAAAACUCCUGGAGGAGCAAGGCUACUUAGAGCAAAUAUCCUACAACCUCCCUCAGAUCUAGAGACCAUAACAAUGAGACAGGAUGCCAUUGGAGAGUUAACAGAGAAGGAGGAGGUUUUUUACAAUCUACAGACAGUGAUUAGUCAGUUCCCAGAUGUUGAUCACCUCCUCUCUCUGCUGCUACAGAUUCCUAAGCAGGAGACAAUUAAGGUAGCAGAGAACAAGAUCGCAAACAUUAUCUACCUGAAGCAUACACUGGAACUCUUAGAACCACUGAAAGCAGCCCUCAAAGACUGUGAGAAUCCUCUGCUGAAAGCCUACUGUAAGUCGCUGGAGGAUCCUCGGUUUGAUAUCAUCAUCACUAAGAUAUCCAGUGUUAUCCAUGAGGACACACGCUUUCAAAAGGGAACUCUUCAUAUGAGAACUCAGAAGUGCUUUGCUGUCAAGCCAAAUAUCAAUGGUUUGCUGGAUGUGGCGAGAAGAAUGUACACUGAAAUUGUGGAUGAUAUAUCUGAAUUAGUGGUACAGUUGGGUGCCCAGUAUGGUUUGCCAUUGAAGACCAGCUAUAAUUCAGCAAGAGGGUUCUUCAUCCAGACCUGCUCCUCAGGAAAGGAUAGUGUAACAGCAGACAAUUUACCUGGAGUUUUCAUCAAGGUCACAAAAGUCAAAAGCACUCUGAGUUUUACGACCACAGACUUGAUCAAAUUGAACGCAAGAAUUCAACAAUCACUUGAGGAAAUAUACCUAAUGGCAAACAUAGUUGUGACUGCAUUGCUAAAUGACGUCCGGAGCUACCUAGGAUGUCUCUACAAAUUGACGGAGUCUGUGGCUAUUAUAGAUGUUCUUCUGUCCUUUGCUCAUGUGUGUACUCUUUCAAAUUAUGUGAGACCGGAAUUUACAGACACUUUAGCCAUUAAGCAAGGUCGACAUCCCAUUUUGGAAAAGAUUGCGAUAGGCCAGACGAUACCAAACAAUACUUAUGCUUCAGAUGAGAGUAACUUCCUUGUGGUAACUGGACCAAACAUGAGUGGAAAGUCAACAUAUCUUCGUCAAAUUGCUCUACUUCAAAUUAUGGCCCAAGUUGGAUGCAAUGUCCCAGCUGAGUACGCAUCUUUCAGAAUAGUGGACCAGAUUUUCUCAAGGAUAAGCACUGAAGAUGAAAUGGAAACUAACUCCUCAACGUUUACGUUAGAGAUGAAAGAAGUGAAUUACAUCAUCCAGAAUGCGUCAAACAGAUCAUUGGUAAUAAUAGAUGAACUCGGAAGAGGUACCAGUCCAGAAGAGGGAGUUGGAAUCUGUCAUUCUAUCUGUGAAUAUCUGAUUCAAUUGAAGGCAUUUACCAUUUUUGUCACACACUUCCUUGAAUUGACCAAUUUAGAUGUGCUGUAUCCCAAUGUGGAAAACUACUGUUUUGAGGUUCAAAGAUCUAUUUGCACCGAAAGCGCAGAGGAGAAAAUAAUUUUCACACACACAAUUCAAAAAGGCAAAACGGAAGAGCGACAUUAUGGAAUGGAAUUGGCAAGAAUGUCAAGUCUACCACGAGAUGUGAUUGAAAACGCAGCCACUUGUGCCUUAAAACUUUCCCGAGCAAAACAUUUGGUGGAUGGCAACACUGCAGAGAGUAACAAACAACGAGCUGUGUUCAAACUUGCAACCAGGCUUGUUCAAACUGCUCGAAAUUCUAGACUGGAUUCAGAUGGACUCAAGAUCUAUCUUAAUGGUAUGAAGAGUCAGUAUUUAAAAGAAUCAGCAGUGAUUUCUCAAUAG